GUUUCCUACUGGAAAAAUCUCUGACUGAGUGAAGAGAAGUUAGAACAGCAGGCAUAUUGGUGGUGUAGAGAGGUUCUCACCUGUUGUUAAAAGCUGUUAAUUAAAAAAAGAAAAAAAGAAAACUUUUUUCUCCUCUUGAGGUUCUCGGAGUGCGUGCCUUCAGGAUGACGGACGCUCUUUUACCAAAUGGCAUCAACGACGGCGGCGGAGACAAAAAUUAUUUCAAAAAGGGUUGCAACCCAUUCGCACAGACUGGACGAAGCAAACUGCAGAACACACGAGCCAGUCUUAACCAGCAGAUUAUCAAACAGAUGAGGAUGAGGGCUGGAGCUGAGAAUCUGCUCAAGGCUACAUCCAAUAGCAAGGUGAAAGAAAUGGUUCUCUUGGAGUUGAGCUACGUUAACUCAAACCUUCAGCUUCUGAUGAGCGAGUUGGAAGGUCUCAACAGCUCUGUGGAGGUUUACCAGAACAACCAAGAUUCUGCCAACAUUCCCCUCAUUGCUUUGGGCCUGAAGGAAACAAAAGAAGUUGACUUCUCUACUCCAUUCAAGGACUUUAUCUUGGAGCACUAUAGUGAAGACGGGAAGACUUUUGAAGAUGAGAUUGCUGACUUCAUGGACCUGCGACAGGCAUGCAGAACACCAAGUCGAAGUGAGGCCGGGGUGGAGCUGCUUGCAAAAUACUACAGCCAUCUUCCUCUGAUAGAGAGCCGAUUCUUCUCCCCAACCAGACAGACGGGCAUCUUCUUCACAUGGUAUGACUCCUUCACAGGAGUGCCACUAUGUCAACAAAACCUGUCACUAGAGAAGGCCAGUAUCCUUUUCAACAUGGCCGCCCUCUACUCUCAGCUCGGUACCCGUGCUAAUCGACAGACACUAACUGGCCUGGAGGAGGCUGUUUCUUCCUUCCAGAAAGCUGCAGGUGUCUUGAAUAACCUUAAGGAGACUUUCACCCACACUCCCAGCUACGACAUGAGUCCAGCCAUGCUCAGUAUGCUGAUUCGGCUGAUGCUUGCUCAGGCUCAAGAGUGCUUGUUUGAGAAGAUUGCACUGCCUGGCAUCCGAAACCAGUUUUACUCUCUGAUGAAAGUUGCACAAGAGGCUGCAAAGGUCUCAGAAAUCUACGAUCAAGUCCAUCAGUGCAUGAUCCAGACACCAGUAAAAGACAAUGUGCCAUUUUUCUGGUCCACCAUGUCACAAAUUAAAACCAACCACUACCGCUCCAUGGCACACUACUUUGUAGCUUCAGCACUGCUGGACCACCAGUUGGGUCCGGGCGAUGAUGAGGACAAGCAGGAGAAGACCUUGUCACAGGUGUAUGAUAGCCUUCCUGAGGGAUGCACUGCUCUGGACAUCUUAAAGAACAAAGAUGAACGUCAGCGGAUUGGUAAAGCUCACAUCCGUCGUGCCAUCUUCGGUCAUGAGGAGGCUUUGAGGAUUUAUGGAUUGUGUAAGAAUACCAACAACUUGGAGGUCCUGCAGGAAAUUUUAAAAGCCAGUCACCAGCGCUCAGUCAACAAGCACAGUGAAAAUGAAAAUGAAGAAGAGUUCACUGAUUAUUCGGAGGCCCCAAAAAUCAUCUCUAAAACAGAACACAAAGCAGAGAUGGAAUUUCCCGCAGCUGCAAAGGUGAAAGUCAUCGACUUUUUCCAGAGGCUGGGCCCGCAGUCAGUCUUCUCGGCCAAGCAGCGGUGGACUGCCCCACGGACAAUACGGAUUCGCUCAGACGACAGAGACCUGGGUUUCACACUGAAAGGAGACUCACCGGUUCAGGUGGUUUCACUGGACCCUCUCUGUGCAGCUGCUGCUGAUGGCCUCAAAGAAGGUGACUACAUUGUUGCUGUGGGUGACACAGAGUGCAAGUGGAUGAGCGUGAGUGACAUGAUGCGACUUCUGAAGGACAUGGAUGAGGAGGGGAUUGAUAUCCAGGUGGUCAGCAUGAUGGACAACAGCACUGCCAUGCCUACCAAGAGUGCAACCUUCUGUGGAAACUUGCCUAAGACCUACUCCAUGAUUUGUCUGGCCUAUAAUGAAGAUGACAAGAACUCCAAGUCUCGCAAAGUAGCCAAGAAGUCAUCAUUCCUCAGCUGGGGUUUAAAGAACAAGAUGAAGAGUGCCAGCACCCUCAGCCUUCCCACAGCAGACAAGGCCGGCGCUCUGCCCUGGAAUAAACCUUGUCCCACCUUCCCCAGCUCCAGCUCCUACAACAAUGACAGUGGCCUCUACUGAGCUAACUGCAGCUGUUACUGUCUGCAGUACGCAUAUUGAGCCCAGUAUACAGUACUGUGCUGUACCUAUACUGGACCUGUUUUGUGUACUAUCAGUGACCUUUGGUGUUUCCACUGGAAUACUAAGCAGCAGUGUAUGUAGUAUGUUGCUUUGGAAAGUGGCUGUGCCAAAUACUGUAUAUUGGUGGACGUGAUGGUAUGUGGGUGCUUUCCCAGCACAGUUCUGUAUCUGAUGCAAGUUGCACUGUACGUCAGACACAAUAAAAAAGCAUUUAGUGCCAUUCCAGUAUAUGUACAGCACAGUAAAACUGCACUGUCGGAAAAACUAAAA